CCUUGACACAGUAACAGCUGCAGAAGUUUCUUGCAAUUACAUGUACGCUAAUAGUAUAUAAAAUUGCCAACGCGUAUUACGUGGGUAAAGGACCUUCAUCCAACGUUGAUACGCGAUACUUUAAAACGUUUAAGCUGUUUAAAGAUUUGAAAUUGACAAUUUGUAAAAAGGAUUGGGACGGAAGAAAGUAAUAGUACAAGUAGUCAGUUCGGUGUAAUUUGGAUACUGCAAUCACAGUUUGACACUGACAGUGCAAAUUUGACUUCAAUUUCACGUGAAAAUCAGUGAAUAAUGGGGCCUGAUAGUAGAAAUAGAAAUCCUGAAAUUAAGUACACCAAGAUUUUCAUCAAUAAUGAAUGGUGUGACUCAGUUAGUGGGAAAACAUUCCAAACCUAUAACCCAGCAACUGGCCAAAAGCUUUGUGUUGUCCAAGAAGGUGACAAGGAAGAUGUAGACAAAGCUGUAAAAGCUGCAAGGGAAGCCUUUAAAUUAGGUUCACCAUGGAGAACAAUGGAUGCAUCAACUAGGGGGCAGCUAAUAAAUAAAUUUGCAGACUUAGUACAGAGAGAUAUAGAAUAUCUAUGUAGCUUGGAAACUCUAAAUAAUGGAAAACCUUACAAUGAAUCUGUGCUUGAUAUGGAAGGGGCAAUCUCGACUAUUAGGUACUAUGCUGGGUGGUGUGACAAAAUUCAUGGAAAAACUAUUCCAAUAGAUGGAGACUUCUUUUCUUUUACAAGAAUGGAACCUAUAGGUGUUUGUGGUCAGAUUAUUCCAUGGAAUUAUCCAGUGGUCAUGUUAUCAUGGAAGUUGGGCCCUGCUCUGGCAACUGGUAACACUGUCAUCCUUAAGCCAGCUGAGCAGACUCCACUUACAGCCCUAUAUUGUGCCAGUCUUCUCAAGGAAGCUGGAUUUCCUCCAGGUGUGGUUAACAUCAUUCCAGGGUAUGGCCCUACUGCUGGGGCUGCUAUAGCAGAACACCCUGAUGUAGACAAAGUCGCUUUCACUGGUUCUACUGAGGUAGGAAAACUUAUCCAACAAGCUGCGGGGAGAAGCAACACUAAACGUUUAACCCUGGAGAUGGGAGGAAAAAGUCCAUUAAUUGUGUUUGAUGAUGCUGAUGUGGAUAAGGCAGUUGAAAUUGCUCAUCAAGCUUUAUUUGCCAACAUGGGUCAGUGUUGCUGUGCUGGAACAAGAACAUUUGUUCAUGAAAGUAUAUAUGAUGAAUUUGUCAAGAAGAGUACAGAAAGAGCUUCUAAAAGAGUUUUAGGUGAUCCCUAUGAUGAAAAGACAGAGCAUGGACCACAAGUGGAUCAAGAACAAUUUGAUAAGAUUAUGAACUUGAUCGAGUCAGGAAAGAAAGAAGGUGCUAUAAUCCAGUGUGGUGGAAAGAGAUUUGGUUCUGAGGGAUAUUUUAUUCAACCCACUGUCUUCUCAGAUGUUCAAGAUUACAUGCGUAUAGCUAAAGAAGAAAUCUUUGGUCCAGUCCAACAAAUUCUCAAAUUUAAGACCAUGGAAGAAGUAAUACAAAGAGCAAACAAUACCCAUUAUGGACUUGGUUCUGGAAUUGUAACAGAAAAUAUUGACAAAGCCUUAAUGUUUGCUCAGUCUGUGCAGGCAGGCUCUGUGUGGGUCAACUGUUAUGAUGCAACAAUGGCUCAGACACCAUUUGGUGGAUUUAAGAUGUCUGGACAAGGACGAGAACUUGGAGAAGAUGGACUAAAAGAAUACUUGGAGGUCAAAACGAUAACAAUUAAAAUUCCCAAGAAGAAUUCUUAAUUGCUGCUUAUCACAGAAGUAGUUUCCAGAUAAAUAUUGGGCCACAUGUUUUUGUUACAAUAAGUAAUGGUCAAGAAAAUGUUAAACAAUUUUCAUUGUUUCUUGUUGAGAAUUGUUAUCAAGCUAUAGUAGAAAAUAAAAAAAAGACGUUAAAAAAAUUACUAAUUUUUUAAAUUUUUUACUUGUUUA